GCCGCUUCGCCGCUUUUGUUUAGCAAACAGCAAACAGGAGCAGACACAUAGAGAUAUUAACCCCGCUGGGAAACAUUUGUCUUGUAAAAAUGCAGAUCUUUGUAAAGACCCUGACCGGCAAGACCAUCACUUUAGAGGUGGAGCCCAGCGACACCAUUGAAAACGUGAAGGCAAAGAUCCAGGAUAAGGAGGGCAUCCCACCUGACCAGCAGAGGCUUAUCUUUGCAGGCAAGCAGCUCGAAGACGGCCGCACCCUCUCUGACUACAACAUCCAGAAGGAGUCCACCCUGCACCUUGUGCUCCGCCUGAGGGGAGGCAUGCAGAUCUUUGUGAAGACCCUCACUGGUAAGACCAUCACUCUAGAGGUGGAGCCAAGUGACACCAUCGAGAACGUCAAGGCUAAAAUCCAGGAUAAGGAAGGCAUCCCUCCUGACCAGCAGAGGCUGAUCUUUGCCGGAAAGCAGCUGGAAGAUGGCCGCACCCUCUCCGACUACAACAUCCAGAAGGAGUCCACCCUGCAUUUGGUCCUGCGUCUGAGAGGAGGCAUGCAGAUCUUCGUGAAAACCCUGACUGGUAAGACCAUCACCCUGGAAGUGGAGCCCAGCGACACCAUUGAAAACGUGAAGGCUAAGAUCCAGGAUAAGGAAGGCAUCCCUCCUGACCAGCAGAGGCUGAUCUUUGCAGGAAAGCAGCUGGAAGAUGGCCGCACCCUCUCCGACUACAACAUCCAGAAGGAGUCAACUCUCCACCUUGUGCUGCGUCUCCGUGGAGGAAACUAAGCUGCUUCUGCUAAUAAUAAAAUGUCUCAGUAAAAA